UAUUAAUGACGUCAUAAAGUUUGUUUUAGAACAUGGUUACGUCAUGAUCUCCCUCUCGAUGUGGAGUGAACUCACAAAGAUGCAAAUUUUAAAAAAUCGAACAAACGAUAUUUUAUUCUGAAACAUGAUAAGUUCAUAGCCGUAGAUCAUGCCACCGUGUUUAGCUGUCAACAUCUCGGAGGGAGGACGUUGUCGACUGUCGAUAGCAUUGACCCUUUUCAAUUGGAUCUGCGUAUCAAUCUCUUUGGCUCUCCUGGGAUUUGGAGGAUGGAUACAAUUUGUAAUUCAAAAUAAACUUUAUCUGAUUGAACAAUAUAAAGGUGACGUAAUUCCUUAUUUCUUUCUGGGAGUUGGAGGGCUGAUGUUCCUCAUAAAUAUCAUCGGUGGGAAGGUAUGUUUAAAUUGCAGCAGACUUGAAACUCGAGAGGCUGCAAAGAAGUUUCUCCUACCAAUGAAUAUUGUCUCUGUCUUCGCCUUGCUUGGUGUGCUUGCUGCUGGCCUUCUUUGCUUUGGGGGAGUCUUAAAACUAGAAGAUUCGUUUGACGACGGGAUUCGAAACGCAAUGAAAAAUUACAAGGAUGGUGGAGAAAUUAAAAAAGAAAUGGAUGAACUCCAACUGGCAUACAAAUGCUGUGGUGCGGAUGGUUACACAGAUUGGUUCAAAGUAUCUUGGAUAAACGAAAACUAUUUAAACGUUAAUGAACAAAGUGUGAGGCAGAAGAUGUCAAAUGGUAUCUACAUCAACGACGAUGUGCCAUUUAGUUGCUGUAACCCUGAAUCUGAGAGACCCUGUAUUCAUCAUCACGUCCACGACAACUCUAAACAUUUCAAAUACAAUUAUCAAACUGGCAACACUCUUCAUGGGACUGGAUGUACUGAGGCUUUGAUGACGUUCUUCGCAGACAUGAUCUUGAUGAAUGUAGGCUUCACCACUAUUGGCGCAUUUGGUGUUCAGCUUAUUCUCUUGAUCCUGACACGAUACCUACAAACAUCUAUUGAUGGUGCAUAUGAGAAGGAUCCUGAAGACCCAACCGCUACUACUAUAGGUUAUUUGUUCAAUUGCCCCUGUGGUGGAGCGAAGGAAGAUGGUGAUUCAGAAACCAAGGAGGAACUUCUGAAGGGAACAUCUACAAAUCCCAGUGUAUCCCCAUCCAAGGUUAAAUCUGGUUCUCGACGAAGUUCAAAACGAAGCCUGAGGUCAGCAAAGUCAGCAAACUCUGGUUACAUGCAAGUGGGUGCUAAUGGUGGAAUAGUGUCAGAAGAGCAUAUCUAUGCCAACAUAGAUGACAUACCUGAGCAGCCAGCAUAUGAGCAGCCAGCAUAUGAACAGCCAGCAUACGAACAGCCAGUAUAUGAUCAGCAAGCAUACCAACAGCCAUACGAAGAGUACCCAGCAUAUUAAUUAAGAACAUUAAGGAAUUAGAAUGGAUAGAAUAUAAAAUGCUGCAAGGAUCCUUCAAACCAUGACAAUUUUUCUUUUACAAACUUGAUUCCAUAUUCUGAAAAACGGACGAAAGGAGAUACCUGAUCAAAUAUAAAAGUUAUUGAAUAUAUUAGAUGGCGAAAUGUCCAAAUUCUUCAGAUAAUUUAUUUUUUCAUCAGACAAUUUAUUCAAAACUUACUCUAAGACUUAUCUCUAUCAAUUCUAGUCCCUUUAACCAGAACAUUUAUUAUACAACAAUAUGACUACAGGUAAUUGAAGUUGGAUUGUAUUAUUAUCAAUACGCAAAUCGACACGAUAGUAAAUUCCCAGGAUUAAAAAAAGGAGAAUAAAAACUUUAAAUAAAACAAAAAUUCCUAUACUACCAUA